UUGCACGACUUAAAGCGCGCAGACGGCGCAGUGCCAGCCGAUCCUCUUACUCGUCCACGGACUGCAGGAAAAAUGGCGGGAAAGCUUGGCGCCAAAACUCUGCAAAAUACCCAUUUUUCCGGAGCUCUUCUUUUAUUUAAACCCACCCCAAAUUUUUCCUUUCACCCUCUAAAACACAGUUUUUGGCGAAUACUACCAUACCCAUCUCGUCACCGUGCUUUCUGUUUGGCUCUCACAAUGGCACAGUCAGAUCUCCAAAGCAACAGCCCCCCCGAAGUCAAAGAACCGUUGCCGAAGAUCCCCAAGCUGGGCCAAAACGGUGUCGUCGCCGCUGCAUUCUCGGAGAGCCCCUCGUUGCUCCUGAGAGUGAAAAAGCUCUCCGAGAAAGCUGUUUUGCCUUCCAGAGCCUCUUCUCUCUCCGCAGGCUACGAUCUCUCCAGUGCAACAGAGAUCAAGGUACCAGCGAGAGGAAAAGCCCUGGUUCCAACCGACCUGAGCAUUGCAAUUCCCGAAGGAACCUACGCGCGCGUUGCGCCGAGAUCGGGCUUGGCGUGGAAGCACUCGAUCGAUGUGGGUGCAGGCGUGAUCGAUGCUGACUACAGGGGUCCAGUUGGGGUUGUACUGUUCAACCACGCCGACGUUGAUUUCGAGGUAAAAGCAGGCGAUAGGAUCGCGCAGUUGAUUAUUGAGAAGAUCAUGACGCCUGAUGUGAUGGAGGUUGAGGAUUUGGACUCGACCGUGAGAGGUGGGGGUGGGUUCGGAUCUACCGGCGUAUGAGCGGGUCUUCCUAUUAGUUACGGUGCUUCAACCAUGUUCUGCUCCUUUGUUUCUCAGUGAUAAGGAUAAGGGACUUGUUGGAUUUUGUUAUGUGUGUAAUUUUGUCGAACAGAUAGUGAGCAAGCGCUGUGAUAUUGCUUGCUAGCAUCCUGGAUGGAAAUUAACAAGUUUCAUUUGUAUUAUAUUGUUUUCAAUGCUUAAAUAGUCUCAAAUCUUCAUCCUGCAAAUUAAGCUGUAGCA